GCAAAGAAAAAAAAAAAAAAAAAAACCUACCCUUCCCUCUCUCCAUCCCCUUACAAAAUCUCCAAAGUAUAUAUCCAAUCCACCGAGGCCCGAUCGAAUGUUGUCACCUUUCGGGCGGCGCUAUUUUACUCGCCCCCAAUGCCUGCAGAUCGACCCCGAACGGACAGCACCCACUGCUUGGUCUGGUGUGCCGCCAUCAUCUGCGCCAUCAUAACCUUUGGGGUCAUCGUAGCUGGCGUCGUCACCUUCAUCGGGUACCAGGUCAUCCACCCGAAAGUUCCCUACGUUAGUGUGGUAGAUGCGCACCUCGACACAAUACGGAUCGAUUACGCUGGUGUACUAGAGGUUCAAGCCACGAUCAACAUGCGCGCGGAGAACGGGAACCGGAAGGCUCGCGCUAGAUUCUCCCACUUGUUGUUCCAUUUCAGCUUGGAUGGAGUGGUUUUAGCGCACCUGGUGGGAGGGCCUUUCGACGUAAGAAAGAACAGUUUCGUGGAUUUUCAUUACGUAGCUCAGUCGACACCGGUGGCGUUGGGCCCCGAACAGGAAGAGCUGGUGGAUACGUCAUUGAAGCGGAAUCUAAUUGCUUUCAAUUUGAAGGGAGGCGCAAAAGCUCGAUGGAAAGCAGGGCCUCUUGGGUCCAUUAAGUUCACGUCUAACUUGGACUGUCUGCUUCGUUUUCAUCCUCUCAAUGGAACUUACAUUCCAUCACGUUGCACCUCCAGUGCGUCAUAGUAUUCAUUGGUACAUGCUGUCCCAGGCCUUUUUUCCCAUUGAAGAAAAGCUUAAAAAUGUUAGAUUUUGUGCAUAUUGAAGUUCUUUGACAAAUGCAAUUUAAUUUCUUUUGUAAUUUCUAGCUAGCUUAAAGUGAAAUGUGAGAUUUAAUUCUCGAGAAAAGGAUUAUCUUGUAAUAUAAAAAAUUUAUAUAAUU